CGCGUGUUCCUAGACAAUUUGAAUGCUCAAAACCUGGAGAUUGCGAUUGCUUGGAGAACAGACAGAUACGUACCUAGGCCGACCACUGGCUAGCGGGCUGCACACAUCCCCCCGGGUCAUCCGGGAUCAUCGAUAUCCCCCAUCCCACGAACCUCAAUCCUGCCACGAUCGCCCCACCAACCCCGCCAUCCCUCCACACACCCCUCAUCACCACAACCCCCUCAAUUCAAACUCGACCAACCCUUCAUCCCAACCCCCAAUCCAUCGAACGAGAACCAGCCAGUCAUGGAGGACAUCCACUCUCCGUCCGUCGCGGGCAGCUCUUCCAUCGCCGCCGCCGCCGUAGCCCCGUCGACGCGUAAUGAGGAAGAUCCCACGAAAGCUCUCUUCGAGCUGAUGGCGGAGAAGGACCGCGUGGAAGAGGAGCUCAAAGCUCUCGGUGCAGUUCUCGAUUCGCACAAAGUCAACAUGAAAACAUCUCUAACCACCUUCGACGGCUAUCCCCGCGACGACAUCGAUAUCCCCCAGAUCCGGCACACCCGAACGCGCAUCAUCUGUCUCCGAAACGACUACAAGGACCUGAUGAAGCGGAUCGAACUCGGGCUUCACGCGCACCACGCGCGCCUCGCCGCCGCUGCUGCUUCGGAGGAAACCGCGGUCGCUGCUGCCACGUCCACGCUCCCGACUACUACCUCCACUACCACCACCGUCCGUACCACUGCCGCCUCUACUGCCGAAAUCCACACUCCGUUUGCAAAGAUCAACAGUGUGGCCGAGGGCAGUCCUGCCGCCGAGGCGGGAAUGCAGGCGGGCGACUACAUCAAGAAGUUCGGCUGGGUCCACGCGCUGAACCACGAGAAACUCAAGAAGCUGACGGAAUGUGUUGCGGCGAACGAUGGGCAUCCGAUAGCAGUUCUUCUCUCGCGCAAGGAAGCCGGAUCGCUUGUCGAGCGGACUGUAUCCAUUGUUCCCAGGGCCUGGGCGGGGAACGGAAAACUGGGCUGUCACAUACUUCCCCUCUAAAGGUAAAGGGGGAUGAGGUGAGACUGCUUGCUGGUUGAGGCGCGACUGUUGGUUGAGGUGCAAGAUGUGCUGCAGUCUGUCGUGUCGUGUCAUGACGUGCUACUACUUUGGGUUUGGGUUUGGUCGUAAUGCUUUCUUGACUUGACCUGACCAUUCAUUGCUGCUCUCUCCUGCUCUCUCCUACUCUCUCCUGCUCUCUCCACAGCGGAAUGUAACCUCGGAUCAUACUCGGAUACGAAUGAGAA